AUGAGUAGAACUGCUGCUGUUGUUAGAGAUUACACUACUGCUCUAGAGUACUUGAAGACCAUUGAGAGAAAGGAUGGUCUUUCUGUCAGUGAGUUGAUGGACUCUAUGACUAGAGGUGGUCUAACUUACAACGAUUUCCUAGUUUUGCCAGGUUAUGUUUCUUUCCCAUCCUCUGUUGUUCAGUUGCAAACUAAGCUAACCAAGAAGAUCACAUUGAACACCCCUUUUGUUUCUUCCCCAAUGGACACCGUUACCGAAGCUGAAAUGGCCAUCUACAUGGCUCUUUUGGGUGGUAUCGGUAUCAUCCACCACAACUGUACCCCAGAGGAACAAGCCUCUAUGGUUAAGAAGGUCAAGAACUUCGAAAACGGUUUCAUCAACUUCCCAAUCGUUAUUGGCCCAGAAGUUACCGUCGGUGAAGUCAAGACCAUGAGGGAGGAUUACGGUUUCUCCGCUUUCCCAGUUACAGCUGAAGGUAAGGUUGGAAGCAAAUUGCUAGGUAUAAUCACCUCUCGUGAUUUCCAAUUUUUGGAAGACGAUAGCAUGAAGGUCAAGGACGUCAUGACCACUGAAUUGGUUACCGGUAAGGCUGGUAUCACUCUUUCUGAAGGUAACGAGAUCUUGAAGACUACCAAGAAGGGUAAGCUUUUGAUCACUGACGACAACGGUAACUUGGUCUCUAUGUUGUCCAGAACCGAUUUGAUGAAGAACCAAAACUACCCAUUGGCUUCCAAGUCUGCCACUACCAAGCAAUUGCUAUGUGGUGCUGCUAUCGGUACUAUUGAUGCUGACAAGGAGAGAUUGAGACUAUUGGUUGAAGCUGGUCUUGAUGUUGUUAUCUUGGACUCUUCUCAAGGUAACUCCAUCUUCCAAUUGAACAUGAUCAAGUGGAUUAAGAAGGAAUUCCCAGAACUAGAAGUUAUUGCUGGUAACGUUGCUACCAGAGAGCAAGCUGCUAACUUGAUUGCUGCUGGUGCUGACGGUUUGAGAAUCGGUAUGGGUUCCGGUUCCAUCUGUAUUACCCAAGAAGUUAUGGCCUGUGGUAGACCUCAAGGUACCGCUGUUUACAACGUCUGUAAGUUCGCUAACGAAUUCGGUGUUCCAUGUAUCGCCGAUGGUGGUGUUCAAAACAUUGGUCACAUUACCAAGGCUUUGUGUCUAGGUGCUUCCACUGUUAUGAUGGGUGGUAUGUUGGCUGGUACCACUGAAUCCCCAGGUGACUACUUCUACAGAGACGGUAAGAGAUUAAAGGUUUACAGAGGUAUGGGUUCUAUCGAUGCCAUGCAAAAGACUGGUAAGAAGGGUAAUGCUUCUACUUCUCGUUACUUCUCUGAAACUGACAGUGUCUUGGUCGCUCAAGGUGUCUCUGGUGCUGUCGUUGACAAGGGUUCUAUCAAGAAGUUCAUUCCAUACCUAUACAACGGUCUACAGCACUCUUGUCAAGACAUUGGUGUUCAAUCAUUGGACUCUUUGAGAUCUGAAGUUGACAACGGUAACGUCAGAUUUGAGUUCAGAACUGCAUCCGCUCAAUUGGAAGGUGGUGUCCACAACUUGCACUCUUACGAAAAGCGUUUGCACAACUAA